CCCCUCUCCCCAAAGCCCCGGAUUUCCUCUCUGCGCUGCUGCUGUCACUUCCUCCCGGCAGGAAUUCCUGCGUGGGAAGGGUUGUCAAGCGCUGGAAGGGGCUGCCCGGGGAGGCAGUGGAGUGCCCGUCCCUGGAGGUGUCCAGGGAACCGCUGGACGUGGCACUCGGUGCUCCGGUGGCAGCUUGGACUCGGUGAUCCCGGAGGGCUUUUCCAACCUCAGUGAUUCCGGCUUCAAAAGGAACGGGGUAUCCUGAGCAUCUCUGACAUGAUAAAAAACUAGUACUAGUAAAAAUCAGUAAAGGUAGUAAAGACUGCGAAUUGAAACAGGGAUCAAGCGCUUGCUGCUUGCUUAAAAAAAAAAAAAAAGGAUAAUUCCCAGCUUCCCCAGAACUAGACUCCCUAGUUCCGGAUAAUUCCAGGCUAACAAACACAAAAGGGAGCGAGGUACAGCACAGUAAGCACAGUGUGAAUGUUCUCUGUAUGGAAAACACCAGUCAGGAAAAUACAUGGAAAACUCCUAAGCACUGAAAUUACCGAAGUGGUGACUAAUGACUGAGCCUCAGUUAUGUCGAACGUGCUCCGUUUAAGUCUUUUUGUCUAAUUAACGAAGAAAGGUGGAUGUUAAUGAGGUCACUGAAGAAGGGGACUGAGUACUCCUACUGUCAGCCACAAGAGCAAGGCACAGGGCCUGGGAUGCAAUUCCAGCUUUAUAAAUACAAACCAAAGUUCUGCUGCACUUCCCUGGUGAACAAUGAAGGUUCUGCUGCUGAAGGAUCCCAAAGACAAAGAUUCUGGACCAGAUCCAUAUAUUAAAGAAUUAGGAUUGUAUGGCCUUGAAGCAACGUUGAUCCCAGUUUUGUCAUUUGAAUUCCUGUCUCUUGAAAGCUUAUUUGAAAAGCUUUCUCAUCCAGAGUGCUAUGGAGGCCUAGUUUUUACCAGUCCAAGGGCAUUAGAAGCCAUCAAAAUAUGCUUAAAAGAGAACAGUAAAAAAGAAGCCUGGUCAAAAUCUCUUAAGCAAAUGUGGAAUAUCAAACCAACGUAUGUGGUAGGAAAAGCUACAGCUUCUUUAGUGGAAGAAAUUGGCCUCACCCCACAAGGAGAAAAGUGUGGAAAUGCUGAAAAACUGGCUGAGUAUAUUUGCUCAAGAGAGAAACCGAAUUCCUCAGCUCUUCUUUUUCCUUGUGGAGCCCUGAAAAGAGAAGUUCUUCCUACAGUGCUUAGAGAGAAAGGCAUACCUCUGGAAAGCCUGACUGUUUAUCAGACAACCCAGCACCCUGAUCUGCAGAAAUCCUUGAGCAGUUACUUCUCACAGCAGGGAAUCCCUGCAAGCGUCGUGUUCUUCAGCCCGUCUGGUGUCAAAUUCUGCCUCCAGCACAUUCAGCAGCUUUCAGGGGAUGUGAUCAACCAUGUCAAGUUUGCUGCCAUCGGGCCAACAACUGCAGAGGCCCUGGAAGCUGCAGGGAUCCCUGUGAGCUGCACUGCAGGGAGCCCCACUCCCCAGGAUCUUGCCACUGGGAUCCACAAAGCCCUCCACACCCAGAACUGCUCCUUGCCCAAGUGAGAGCCCAGGGUGCCUGGGAAGGUGAACAUGGUGCUGUAGGACGGGUUUCCACUUUCAGAUCUGUUGUCGUGCAAGAAAAGUGUUUUUCAGGAAUAUACAACACUCUUGUCAGGGACUGGUGUGAGAAAGUUGCACCUAAAUGUCUAAGAAACGUGGAAUCUCUCCAGCAUCUCUUAAAACAUCCAACUGUUCCCCUUUCCUCAUGUGAAUGUGAGUAUUUUAUCCUUGAAAACUAGCUGUGAACACCUGUACCCUGAAAUCAGUUCCUCACAUCACCUCAGGUAUCUCCCAGCACACAGGUCAGGUUUUAAUUUCUCUGUAUAAUCAGUUUUACAGACACGUCUUUUGUACAAAAAAACCCCACGUUUCAAUGAAGUUCUUUUGUAAACUUGUUUAUUGUUCUGCUUUUCAGAUAUUCGUGUGAAAAUGAUGAUUGUAGAUUCUCAGUGGAAUGGGAGAGUUCUUGCAGUGAAGUUGGACUGUGUGGGGCUAAUUCAAGUCUGCUCUUGCCCCUCAACGUCCUUACAGUACAGGGUCUGAAAGAUUAGGUUUGGGUUUCUGUUCCUGUAAAGAAGGAGGGUUUAUUAAUAGGGAAAUAAACUGGCUUAUCAGAGUUCAUAAUGGUGUUAGAGUUGUGUUUUGGAUGUAGUUUAUGCUUUAAUUAUUUAUCUGUGAAAGGGGAAAAAUAAUCCGAUUUAGCAUUUAUGCCAAGGGAUUCAAUUAUAAUCCUCCUGAAAAAAAUGAUCAUUUGUGUUGCUAGCAAAGUGCUGAGGUUCCUGGAAUAAGAGAGAAGCCCUUAUUUGCUGUACAGUCCUGUUGUCUUAAUUCUGAGGAUGCAACCAGAAUUUCCAGCCAGGUGAGAUGCUCUGGACUUGGAACAAGAGUUAAUCUGAGCCCAGUUGUGCUCCUGCAAACUGAACUCAUUUCAGAUUGUGGGUGUGGGUUCAUCAAACUGGAGCCAAGUAUUUGGCUGUAUAAAGCAGUUCCAUUUCUUGAGACAAAAUGGAAUCUCAGAAGGAGAAUCACAGAAUAAUUUGGGUUGGAAGGGACCUUAAAGAAAGCUCUUUUAGUUCCAUGUGCAUACAUGUAACAACUGUUUCUACCUUUAAAUAAAGUGUUUUAUGCUGCUA